UGACUAGCACCCUUACCCUGACGGCCACAGAAUUUGUUUGUCGUCCGAGUCUAGCAUAGUCAUUGGAGCUUGCUCCGAGCGCACUGGCUUUAACAAAUCAUAUCUCUCAUUUCCCUUGAACCUUAACUCUUGUCUCAGUAGAUCGACGCCCGGUUUCUUAUCCCAAGCUCCAUCAUAAUGCAUCUAGCCGCAACGCGAUUCUCAACGCGGGCGUGUAAAUAUUUGUGGUCGUCUAACGCAAACAAAUAUCGCUCGCUGUCGGGUUCGGCGCGUAUAUAAAGCCGUGGUCAUCGUUCUUUUUCCCCAGCAUCGAAAGCGGACUUCGUCUGCAUCACCAUUGCCUCGAUAUCGAACUUACAUCGUCAGUGGUCUCCAAUAUCCUUGCUCAGCUUUCUGCGGCAUGAGACUAACACACUGUUGCCCUGUAGGAUCGCUAUGUCCAACGUUGAAGCCAAGGGAACAGUCGACACCCAUAACACCGGCAACUCGUGGACAGCUAUCUUCAAUGUCGAUGGUCACAAAUAUUCGUUCAGCGCCUCCAUGAGUCCCAACGUUACGGCAUUCGAGAUCACCAAAGCGAAGGUGCACUACACUGUGCCAGAAGACUUGACGGGUAGUGGCGUAGACUACGCAGGCACAGUCGGCAAGGAGAUCGAUAUCACAUUGAACAGCAGCUCUAAAGUCACCAUCACUGGGAACCUCGACGUGGGUUUCGAAGUGUAUCCUGAGACGAAUAUUACUGGGACCGGCACCUGGUCCGCUACCACUGAAAUUCGAUAAGCAGAGCUGUGCCUUGGCUGCAGCACUGGGAUCGCUGAGGAGUAAGCUACGUGGCUGGAUGUCAACGACGUGAUCAGAUGUCCCGGAGCUAUUGCACUUGUAUCAACACACUGAAAUGCAGCGUAUCCGCGAUUAUUUCUUCCGUGGC